GAAGCACUCGCUGCAGGCCUGUACUGUUUCCAGAGUACGACCGGUGCAGUUCAGCCCACUGCAGCCGCGGUAGGCUACUUCCGUUCCGCAGAGGGCGACAAGCACCAGCCAGCUAGCCUCUACUGUGGCGGAGGUCCAGACACAAUAGAGUUCCGGCUCUUCUCCAAACCAAACCGGUAUGUCGGAUGAAGACUCCCGUGCCAGCACCAGCUCUUCGUCAUCGCCGCCUUCCUCCAGCCAGACCAGACAGAAGGACACUUUCUGCAAGAAGAAACGGGAGAGCAAAGCCAGCAUGAGCAAGAACUCCAAGCUGCUUUCCACCAGCGCUAAACGGAUUCAAAAAGAGCUGGCUGACAUUACACUGGACCCUCCACCAAACUGCAGUGCUGGUCCAAAAGGAGACAAUAUCUAUGAGUGGAGGUCGACCAUCCUGGGACCGCCGGGCUCUGUGUACGAGGGAGGCGUCUUCUUCCUAGAUAUCGCCUUCACACCCGACUACCCCUUUAAACCCCCCAAGGUAACUUUCCGUACCAGGAUCUAUCACUGCAACAUCAACAGUCAGGGGGUGAUCUGUCUGGACAUCCUGAAGGACAACUGGAGCCCCGCGCUCACCAUCUCCAAGGUGCUGCUGUCCAUCUGCUCCCUGCUCACUGACUGUAACCCAGCCGAUCCCCUGGUGGGAAGCAUCGCCACCCAAUACACGACUAACAGAGCAGAACAUGACCGAACAGCCAAACAGUGGACAAAGCGAUACGCCACAUAAACCCACAGAGGACGGCAGCAGCAGGAAAAGGAGGAGGAGGGUCGAAGGGUCGCUGGGUUGCUUGUUUUGGGGGGAGGGGGUGUUAUUUCUAUCUCAGAUUUUUAGUACUUUAUUGUCUGGUAUAUUUUUUGCUUCCUGAUUAAGUUAUCUCCAGAAACGUGGUAAUAAAGGAACACAAUGGAAAGGAA